AUGACACAAAUUAAUAUCACGAUCGAUGGUCCGAUAGCAUCUGGUAAAACAACUGUUGGAAAAUUUAUAGCAGAAAAAAUUCAAUAUCAAUUUAUUGAUACUAGAAUUUUUUAUCGUUAUUUGGGAUAUUUAA